UUAUACCCAUGUGGGGAAUCGAACCCAGUCUUCGGCAUGACGAACGAACCAUUUAACCACUAUAUGGGCUACCAAAUCGCAACCAUCAGGGAGAAUUUAUAGACGCUGGAGUCACGGUUUUGCUUUACAAGCCCCAAUGUGUUCCCUCCAUAUGAACCCAUGAAGACACCAUAGCGACCAGAAAACAAAAUAUGGCACAUGUAUCAGUUUCACAAAAUCUACGAGAAGACUUCUUAACCUGCAAAAUAUGUUUGAAUAUUUAUGACUCACCAAAGAUCUUAUCUCCAUGCCUCCACACCUGCUGCAAGGGGUGCAUUGAGAAACUCAUCCAUGGAUCUCAGACUGAUUUAAUCCUCUGUCCUGAAUGUCAAAGGCCAGUCAAAAUCACAGACAAAAACCCUGAGUCCCUCCAAGAUAAUUUCUAUGUGAAUGGCCUAGUGGAUGCAUUUUCAAUCAACAGCUGCUCUGUGUGUAAAUUAAGAGGAUCCAGCAACUCAGCAAGCCACCAGUGCCUUGACUGUGGGGACAGCCUUUGCAAUCUGUGCUCUGCUGGCCAUCUUGCUUCCAGGACAACAGUAAACCACAGAGUUGUCCCCCUUCAGGAAGUAGCAAGUGGGCAGUAUGAUAAUGAGAUCAUCAAUAAGAAGCACCUGUACUGUGUUGAACACAAGGACAAGGAGUGUUCCAUCUACUGCAAGUCCUGCAGCAAACCUAUCUGUGUCCAGUGUGCACUUAUUGGCCACAGAGACCAUGAACUGGCCAGUGUGGAAGAUGGUUCAGCUGAUGCAGGGGAGGUUGCCCAUAACAUUCUGGGAGAGGGUCAAGAGCUUCUCCGGAAUCUUACUGUCCUUUGGAAGAAGGUGCAAACAGAUCAAGCAAAAGUGCUUGAAAAACAACAGACUGCCGUCAAUGAGGUUGAAAUCACAGCUGAGGAAAUCAUACAGAAUGUGAUUGCACAGAAAGACAGGGCCGUGGCCCAAUUGCACAAGUCUUAUACUGACAUGGGGAAUGAGUAUGCAGCAUUGAAACUGGAGGUGGACAACGCUGGCAGAUGGGCAAGGAAGAUGGUUGAUACUACCAAGGUUAUUGUGAGUCAGAGCAGUGGAGCUGAGCUGCUGCUUCUCACGGAGACCCUGAAGCAGGGGCUGUUGCAGAUACAGGACGUCUACAUGACACUUCAGCAGAAGACCAACCCGCUUGAAGUGCAGAUUUCCUGGAAUGUGGAUCCAAAUGUGCAUGAUAUUCUGAACAGGUCUGUCUUUGUUGUGAACUAUGGAUUUCCUGAAACUACACCUCCCCCCGGCAUGAGUAAUUAUCAGCAACCUCAUCCAAUCACAAAUAGUGCAGCAUCAUAUGCAAGUCUUCCGACAGAUACUCCACGCAGUUCUCCUGAGUUAGUGAUGAAUGAUCCACUGACGACUGCCAAGAAGUAUAUAUCUGUUAGUUCAUCGCUCUUGUUUAAACCUUUGCAGUCACAGACAGUUGCAUCAAGUCCUGAUGACCAGACUGCAAGACUGAAGAAGACUUUACAGCAGUACAAGAUUCUGGAUCCUCCAACUGUGGAACCAGAUCCAGUGGUGCCACAUUCGGAGGAACUUCCUCAAGGUGCUGCUGUUGCUGUUUCCUCCUCGACUGCCAUACAGUGUUUACCGGGUCCACCACCAAGGAUACGCACAUACAGUGACGUACUGAAGCAAGCAUCAGUUGCUGUUGUUCCAUUCAAACAGAAAAGCCAUUCAACAAGUGUCAGACUUCAGUGGAUUUCAAACUUAAAUGUUUCAGUGAAAAAGGAUUCUUCAGAAACAGAAAUUUUAGGAUUAGCUUUCUUUGGUCAUGACAGGCUUGUUUUAACUGACAAGGGUAACUGUAAAGUCAAAUCGUUUUUGAAAGAUGGUACCACAGGGUUUGUGAAGGAGUUUUCUGAGAAUGGUAACUCGCCAUCUUCAAUUGCAUGUAUCAAGGAUGUCAUUGCUUUUGUGAUCCAGAAUGCUCUGUAUAUUGUGACAAAGCAGUACGUUCCAAUAGCAAAGGUAAAGUUGUCCCCAACAGACCAAGUGGAGGAUAAUGUAUCAUAUCCAUUGUGUUUGUAUGACGAAGAAUCGUUCCUUGUCAGCAAUCUCCAGGCCAACAAGCAGUGGGUCAUUAAAGUGAGUGGGGAGCACAUCCGUGAAUUACAAUGUCCUGCCAAGUCUCCAGUCUUUUCUGUAGCCCGGGAUUCCUGCAUGAGGUACCUCUACAGUUCAUGGGGACAACCAGGUUCAGUCGUCGUCACCGAACCCAACUUCAAGCGUUUCCUGGUUCUCCGACCCAACACCAGCGACGCCGCGACAGAUGAGUGGUAUCCGGGCUACGCUGCUUGUGAUAAUGCAGGGAAGUUCUAUGUCUGUGACACAAACCAGGACCAGAUCAUUGUAUUCAACAGAUAUGGCAACCAGGUGAUGACCUACUCAACUGCAGCUGAAAACCUCUCGAUGCCAUUGUGUCUCAUCAUUGACAGGAAAGACACCAUGUUUGUUUCAGGGAAGAACAAGGUGUGUCAGUACAAGAUUAAAAGAAGGAAACCUUCAAACUGAAGGGUAUAGAUCAGUCGCCCAUCCUCAGCUGGAUCAUCAAUAAUAUUGUGUUGGAUGUGUGAUAAGGAACCAACUAUUUUAUGUUCUCAGGGGUCGCCUGACAUGGCCUGACUCUCCUAUAAAUAUAAUAUGUCUG